GUUCUAGUAGCACCACUGGUGAAAACACUAUGUUUUGUGUUUCUUUAAUAGUGAUUAAUCUUUUAUUAGGUGAAAUGAUUUGCCACCGAUUUUAUCCAUGCGAAUCGACACUACAAGUAAAGGUCAAACUACAAGUUUAUUUUUUACUGAUUUUUUUUCCGUGUUCAAAAUUUGUCAUGGUAAAAUAGUCAGUCUGAGGGCAAAUAUACAAACACAUCAACAAGAAGAUGCAAAGUUUUUUCUUUGUCACGAUUGUUCUUUUCCAAUCACUUGGAGUUUCAAGCCAAAAAGACUCCCACAAUAACUCGCUGGAGGUACGCAAAACGACGAGACACCAUCCACUUUCAUCAAGAAAUACGAUAGAUUACAUAUCACAAAGAAAGCCCCAGAAUGCUGACGCAAAUGAAAGAGUAAAGAGUAAAGAAGAUGCAGGGUUUCUAAGCAAGCGCCAAUUUAUCCCCAGGAUGUACGGAGGGGUUCCAUACCUACAGCAGCAGUUCAAUGAUGAACAGAUAGAAAGACCAGGAGACGAAGACGGCCCUUGUGCCAACAGCCCGUGUCGUCAUGACAGCAGGUGCAUCCGCAAGAGGCAUGGGUACUACUGCAGCUGCGCACCAGGAUUUAUAGGAAAACACUGCGAAGCUCGCAAGGAGUGUGAUCCUGACACGUGCAAGAACGGUGGGACUUGCACAGAGGAAGCCCAGGGGCGACACUUGUGCACAUGCGCAGUAGGCUUUCGCGGAGACAAUUGCGAAGAGCCUAGUAAGUGUCACCCUAGCCCGUGCCGCAAUGGCGGCGAAUGCAGUGAAACUGAGGAGGGCUACACGUGUCUGUGCCGAGAGGGCUUCCGAGGAAAGGACUGCGAAGACUUAAACCAGUGUGAUCCCAAUCCCUGCAAGAACUCUGGCACGUGCUUCGAGCAGAAUGGCGACUUUGUUUGUAACUGUCCGAAAAUGUACCGCGGGAAAACGUGUGAAGUUGUUAGCGAAUGCACAGCGGCUCGUUGCGUCAACGGAGGGAGCUGCCAUGAUACGGCUACCGGUUUCAAGUGCAAAUGUCCGUUUGGUUACUUUGGAAACAGAUGCGAAGUCACUGCCUGCCAACCAAACCCGUGUUUAAACGGGGGACUGUGCUCAAGAUUCGGGACCCAGCACUCGUGUCAGUGCGCCAGGGGGUAUUCUGGGAAACACUGUGAAGAGCACAGUCCUUGCGGCACAAGCAUCUGUAUGAAUGGGGGCACGUGCGUGGACAACACCUUCACUAACAGUAGGUACGGGUUCGCGUGUGUGUGCCCUCGUGGAUAUACCGGCAUCCUGUGCGAGAAACAUCGCAAGCGUAACAAGGUGUCAGAUGACGAUGAUGACGACGAUGAUCACUCGCAUCAUGAUGACAAUGAUGACAAGUUCCAUUACAAUGAUGAUGAUUAUGAUGCGGAUGGCGACGAUGACAAAAGACAUAAAGUGACCAAAUUUGGGAAAAUUACAAAAUCCGCGAAGAAUGUAACAGUCAAUAAAACUCAAAAGAAAGGUUCAGUUGCUAGGACCUCUAUCAAGGGCCCAGUUGCUAAGGCUGUAAAUAACACAUCUGUUACUAAGGUCCUAGAAAAAACACUUGUUGCUAAGGCGUCAGGAAAGGAAAUCAAAACUGAGGUUGCUAACGCGAAUUAUGUUGCUAAGGCCAUUAAGAAUCAUGAUAAAAAGGCUGUUAUCAAAUCCCGUGUUGCUAAGGCUUUGAAAAAAAUGUAAUAUGUUCAAAAUAAUUUGCUUGAAAAAAAAAGCAAGUUUGUGCCAAAACAGUCAAGCGUGAAAAAAAUUAAAACAGAAUGCAAAAUGUUGUACUUAUUGUAUCACUCGUAGAAGUCUAAGUAAAAGUGUCUUUCAACAAUCCGAUGGCUCUUGUAGUUCGAAUAAUUUAAUGAUCACAAUAUUUAAAAAAAGCUUCCUUAAUUGUGUUUGAUUUUGAGGAUUAUUUUUUCACUGCUCCUGUAUUUUUUUUACCUCGACACAAUGGAACAAGCAAGAAAGACAGGAGAGCUUUUUCUCGAAAAAAGAUCUAAGAAAGGGGCGUGGGGUGAUUAUGGAAAAUGUCUCUAUGACGGAUCUUGGGAUGGUGGUCCGACACAACUCGCAACGCCCUUCCUAUGAAGUAAUUCAUUUUAGCUUCACUGUGUAUUUAUCUUUAAUACUUCUAAGAUCCAAUUCUUAAAAUAACUGUUUGUAAGAUACACAGUUACAAAAGAGUCUAAUAAAAGCACUUGAUUCUGAAAAGGUUUUCAAG